AUGUCUACUUUUACUUCUGAAGAAAAAGCUCAUCUCCCUGCAAUUAAAGUAAUAGAAGAUUGGAAUACAGAGCAAUUGAUCGAUUUUUUACAAUGGAUAGGUGACAUACCAGCACCAUCUAUACUCGGAAAUUCUAAAGAAUGGUUUAAGCGACAGAGAAAAGGAUCUCUUUGUCUUAAUCACUUUCCACCAGAAGCUUCUAGCUCAGUACCUGUUAUCUUGUUUAGUUCAAUUUUUGGUAAAUUUAAGGAUUUUUGUGAAGAAGAUCCGGAACGUGAAGACAAUGAAUUCACCUAUGAAAUCUGUUACGAAAUAGCAAAAUCUUAUGAGAAUGAAUAUGAAUGUCAAUCCGCAGCUAAUGACAUGUUAGAAAAAUAUCUCAAUAGCUCUAUACAACCAAUUUCAAUUAGUUGCAGCCGUUCUGACAACUAUACAUCGCAUUUUCAUACUGAUGGCACUAUAUCUCAUGCUUUAAAAUAUUGUGAAGCUAAUUUUGAAUACAAAUGGUCUGAUUGCUUUAAAUCUGGAUUUUCACCUUAUUUGGAAAAUUAUAUUGUAAUAAUUGACCUGCUUACUCCAGUUUUUCCCCUGAUUUGGCAAAAAUAUGACGAGGUGACAUUAUUGGUUUCUAGAACAUUUCAUGCUUUGAAAAAAUCUCUCAAACUUCUUGAUCAAUACUACGAUCAAGUUGAUAAGCAAGUUCAAGAAGUCCCUCAAACUGACCACCCAGUGUAUCCAUCAUUUCCUGAUGUAAUUAUAGGUGAUAAAUCUUAUAGCUCUCAGGUUAUUUCUCAAGUUGGUGCUUAUCUUCUUUGGGAAGUUAUUCUUUCGGACAAACUAGUAUCACAUAAGAAAGCCUACAUGAAGGCUGUUCGAGGGCAUCAAUAUUCACUUGAUACACAUCAAUUUUUAGCAGAUGCUGGAUACGCACCAAAAAUCCUUGCUAGCUCAAUUGUACCUGGAAAUUGGCAUUUGCAUGAAGGAAACAUCUUAGUUAGUAGACUUAAAGAAAAUGAGUUUGAUGUAAAAUUGAUUGAUUUUGAAUGGUCAGGGAAGGUUGGUUCUGCGAGUUAUUCUCAUUUCAUGAAUCGUGAAGAAAUUCAAUGGCCAGAUGGAGCAGAAGAUGGCAAAAUA